AUGGGCAGCAUCUCAUUCCGCGAACAUAUCCGCUGGAUCCCCGACGAGGCGAGCGAGCCGACGUCCACCAUCGUGCUCACGUCCCCGCAACGCCGCUUCGUCGAUCUCCGCAUACUCAAGUCGGCGCCGACGGCCGAUGGCGCGCCAGCGACGCACGGCAUCGAGCGUCUGGAGUGGGGCAUCGCGGGGACCUCGUCCUCGUCCAUGCGCGACGGCGGCGACGGCGUCCAGGUCCGGCACUCGCGCUGGGAGCACUGGAUCGACUCGCGCACCACGGAGCCCGAGAACGCCGCGGACGAGGGCGACAUGUACGAGCAGCCCGGCGGGCUGACCCUCGAGAAGGGGCGGAUGGUGAACCCGGCCACCGGGGCGGAGACGGACUACGAGGAGCUCUGGCGGGACAUUGACCCCGUCCCCCCGACCAGAUCGCGGGGGCUGGUCGUCUGGCUGGGCCGGUUCUGCCAGGGCAUCUCGCGGGUCGGGGAGGAUGAUGUCGCGGCGCAGCGCUGGGAGUGGAAGGGCGAGGAGGGGUGGAAGCGGACGGCGCAGAUCGGCGCGCGAGAGCUGCCCUGCGAGGCGCUCCUGAAGACCGGGGCGCCGCUGAGCGUCGGCGCGCACGUCGUGCACGAGAACCUGGUGUGGGACGUGCUUGAAAGUUCCUAA